AAGAYYACCAAUCCUMGAACCCUCACAUGGACCGCUACUAGCUGGUGCACCGGGGACCUCCUGAGAAGCCGAUUGGGCACCACUCCAACAGUGAUGCAGAGAUUGACUUACUCACAUGCAUGCUGGCCGAUCUGGACAGCCAUCCACAAAACAGAGCACAGCUGUACGACAACGUGCCUUACAACAAACACAUCUCGGAAGAAACACCGUAGAACUGGCAACCGUGUCAGCGUGCAUGCUCCCAGCCUGCCGCMGGAGUUGCUGGAGUCUGCUGGACCAAUUGUGCGCCAUCUUACGGGUCUCGAACCAGGGUCUUUAGUGUUGCCUCAAGCAGUGCCUUAGACCACUGCGCCACUCAGGAGGCCACUGAUUGUAAAUUAGGCAUGUAAUCAAAUAGAACACUAGCAUAAUAAUCUGUCCAAUAGACGCAUGUCUAAAACUUAAACUCGUAAAGUGUAAUUCAGAGAUUAAUUAAUCAAUGGGAGACUUGAUCAAUUAAACUUUGAAUUGCGCUUUGAGUUUAAGUUUUAGACAUGAGUCUAUUGGACAGAUUAUUAUAUCUGUUAGUUUUCCACCCUCUGAACUCUGUUAGUGUUGAUGCUGAAACUUCCAGCCUCCUGUCCCACACAGGAAGUUUGCCCCCACGCUGCUCUGUGUGUGGCCAGGCCAUCAUGCCCGAGCCGGGCCAGGAGGAGACGGUCAGGAUAGUGGCGCUGGACCACAGCUUCCACGUCAACUGCUAUGUGUGUGAGGAGUGUGGUCUGCUCCUGUCGUUUGAGGGUGAGGGGCGAGGCUGUUACCCCUUGGAUGGUCACAUCCUAUAACCCUGACAUGUCUGGUCCUACCUGGCCGCCUCCGAAGACUCCGGGUAGCCCAGAGAGACCCGUCACCCAGAUGUCCGACUCUGGACUAGCCGUGUACAGACAGGCGCCCAAGAAGGUCUCCUCGGACACCCGGCCCAAGUAUGUGGUUUAUGAKCAGAACAAGGAAGGAGGAGGAGAAAUGGCCAGUAGGUACAUGGCUACCGGUCCCACGGCUGGGCCCAUUCAGCACCACCAAGAGGACCCAGGGUUUCACCCUAAAUCUAAUGACCACUACUACCAACCACCUCCCCAAGGGCUCAAAGAAGACCAAUCCUUGAACCCUCACAUGGACCGCUACAACCUACCAUCACAUGGACCGCUGAUGCACCGGGGACCUCCUGAGAAGCUGAUUGGACACCACUCCAACAGUGAUGCAGAGAUUGACUCACUCACCUGCAUGCUGGCCGAUCUGGACAGCCAUCUACAAAACAGCACACAGCUUAAUGACAACGACCGCAUCUCAGGGGAUCGCUACAAACCCUUAGCCCAGCCAGGAGCAUCCGCUCAGGGCAGGCCGUCCAUGAGUUUCCCCCCUCACCCCCAAACCCAGUACCAUCGUACAAACCCAUACCCCAGUGAUCCCCACCAGGGUCUCCAGUACUUCCCCCAGCCAGACGACACCGAAGCCCAGGACUCCAAACGGUACCCCCAGCUUGUCCCCGCCUCCUACACUACCGCCCUUACUGGCCCAAGGUUCGGUGUCCAGGUCAAAACAGCCCAAACUGUCACCUACUUCCAGACUGGUAGGCAAGCCGAGCAGGCUUACACCCCUCUCCCACACCGCCAUCAUGCAUUGCGGUCCCCACCCAAGAAUCAGACUGGUCCCCAGGGCUGGUACCCUCCCCACCCUGCUUCCCAAGCCCAGGAGCUGCGCUCUGAGAGGGGUUACAAGGGGAGUGCCACAGGGUUUGGAGGGAGAGCUACCCAGUGCCCCAUAUCCAAUAGAGGCCCAGAGACUCACCAAUCAGGGUCAGGCUCGGCAUCAAGCUCCGCCUAUCAGCCCAGUAAGGGAACAGCAGCGCCGAGGCCAGAGGAGGAGUUGGACCAGCUCACAAAGAAGUUGGUGUAUGACAUGAGUCAUCCCCCUACAGAGAAGUACGUUGGUCGCUGUGCACGUUGCUGUGACAACGUCCUUGGCGACGGCAGCGGCUGUAUCGCCAUGGGGCACGUGUUCCACCUGGAGUGUAUAACUUGCAUCACCUGCCACGCCCAUCUCCGGGGGAAACCUUUCUACGCCCUGAACAAGCAGAGCUACUGCGAGAGCUGUUACGUUAGUGUCCUAGAGCGCUGCUUCAUGUGCUCCAAGCCCAUCCUGGACCGUGUCCUGCGGUCCAUGGGCAAGGCCUACCACGCGCACUGCUUCAACUGCGUGGCGUGUGGCUGCUCCCUGGAUGGUGUGCCCUUCACAGUGGACGCCAACUACCAGAUCCACUGCAUGUACGACUUCUACAGGAAGUUUGCCCCUCGCUGCUCAGUGUGUAGCCAUGCCAUCGUGCCUGAGCCGGGCCAGGAUGCGGCGGUCAGUGUAAAGGCGCUGGGCCGCAACUUUCACGUCAACUGCUAUGUGUGUGAGGAGUGUGGUCUGUUCCUGCCCUCUGAGGGUGAGCGGCAAGGCUGUUACCUCCUGGAUGGUCACAUCCUAUGUAAGGGCUGCCACGCCCGGCACAGAUCCUCUCACCCAAAAUCUUCACUGACUGAUAACCAACAAGGAAGUCACCUCUGACCUUUAACCAAUGACCCCUCAACCCUUCCAUUACUUUAAUCUGCUCUGCGGUAGAAGUUGCCCAAAGUAAUAGAUCUGGAAUCAGUUCUACUCCUCUUAUUCAUAACCUUAACCACAAGGGGGGAAAUGUUAACCUGAUUUGAGAUCAGUGUCGAAGGGAAUCUUCAUCCCCCUUCACUUUCAUCCUCUCAUAGCCUUAAUUUAUUCUUCAGAUGCCCAAAGCUGAGGAAUCAGUAGUAGUAGGCCUACUAUUGAACCUCAAACUGACAGUCUUCAAUAUGAAGUCAAUAUUUAAUUUCACUUGACCAGGUUUAUUGGUACAGGUUCAAGACAGGGUCUUGAAACAUGGAUUGAUAAAUAGUUCGACCCCUUUCCUUAUCCUCUGCUUUACACUAUCACCUAUCCUCUAUAUUCUCGACCCCUGCUCCCUUUCCACUAAACUUCACCCUAUCCCCUACCCCUCAGUCCCAUACCAGUACUGUAUAGAGCCCCUGACCUGCAGGCAGCAGGGGCUGCACUACCCCCAAACCCUUGACUGCACCACUGGUCAUCUCACACACUAUCCUGCAUGUUGCACACUGUCUCUCACGCACUAUCCUGCAUGUUGCACACUGUCUCUCACGCACUAUCCUACAUGUUGCACACUGUCUGUCACGCACUAUCCUGCAUGUUGCACACUGUCUCUCACGCACUAUCCUACAUGUUGCACACUGUCUGUCAGGCACUAUCCUGCAUGUUGCACAUUCUCACACACCAUCCUGCCAGACCCAGGUGGGACAUGGAAGGAGCUCUAUGGAAAAUAAUGAUUGAUAGAUAUUGACGAUGUGGAGGAUCAUAAGUAAGAAAAUUAGGUGAUAUUAAGGAAGAGGAGAUAAUGAUGAGAAUACAAUGUCUUCCUGGCUGUGGGGUAACUGACCAGUCCAG